GUCAGAACAACGGCGGCUGUGAUCAGAACUGCAAGAAACCCACGGUGCUUACAUGUGCUGUUGCAGUCCUGGAUACAGACUCAUGUCUGACAACCGCUCGUGUCAUGACGUGGACGAGUGUGACUACCACAAUGGUGGGUGUUCCCACGAGUGUGUCAACACAGAGGGAUCAUAUCAGUGUGGCUGUAGUCGUGGUCACCGCCUCCUGUCCGAUGGACGCACCUGCAUAGGUGAGGAACUUUGCAGUGUAAGGAACGGCGGCUGCCACCACGUCUGCAAUGAUUCUUUAGGGAGGGUCGUCUGCUCCUGUCGCCCUGGGUACCGUGUGGGUGUGGAUGGACGAGAGUGCGAGCUGGUGGACCCUUGUUCUGUGGAUAAUGGCGGCUGCCAUGACCACUGUCAGGUCGAACUUGGUCGUGUUCGUUGCUCGUGUCGUCGAGGCUUCACUCUGGCAGACGACCAGAUCUCUUGCACUGAUGUGGAUGAGUGCCAGAUGCCAGGCUCCUGCAGUCACCAGUGCCGCAACACCUGGGAUCCUACGAAUAUUUCCCAUGCCCGCAGAACCAAGUCUAUAUGUGCACAGGCUACUGGUGACAGGGCCCGGUACUACUAA